AUGGCAACACUGGCCGAUAUUUAUUUAGAUGCUUCUAAUCCUGGUAGUCUGGGAGGCAUCGAGCGUUUGUACCGGGAAGCGCAAAAUCAUGGAUUUUCUCGUCAGCAAGUGGAAGAGUAUUUGCAAAUUGAAGCUUAUUUUUGGACGCUCAUCAUGGACGAUUACCAGCUCACGGAUGUUGAUCGUAUGGACAUUGAUGCUAUUUUCGACGAAGGGUCAUGGAAUCUUCCGCCAUCGCCACCGUACGUUAUCACCGAUGCGGAUCGUCAGGAUACCGAUGCCAUACUCGCGGCUUGUGAUUGGGACGAUUGGGCACUGGAAGAAAUCAGUGAUAUUCCGGAUUUCUCAGCCCUAUUCAGCCUGACUAAGAACAAAGAGCGCAAGUUCAAGAAAUUCAACAGCACCGAGUACGAGUACCGUGUGGAGAUCGCCGCCCUGCCGCUUCGUGUGCCUAACAACUACUGUUUACCCGCCGCAUUGUACUUGGGCAAGUACCGUUUGACGCACGAUGUUCAGGAGCGUACAAAAGCCAGUGGAAACAUCUGUACAGUGAAGGGGAUCAACAAAUUGACCAGCCACGCCAGAGAGAUUAUUCAGUUAGCUGAUUUACCAUUAGGACGGUGCUAUGACCUCAAUGACCUGUCCUCUUUACAACACGAGUGCUUUCCCGAAUUUCAAGUAAAGGUGAUCUCGGCGGAUCACGAAGUGGAGGUCAAGAAAGGCGACUUCCCUCACCACUUCAAUCGACCUGAAAACUGGGAUAAGGUACUGCCGUGGCCCGAACCGGAAAUGUACGUUUUUGACGGUCUGAAAAAGAAAGAUAAAGAGGAGUUUCUAAAGUGGUACGCUGAAGCAAAAGCCUGCGGGUGGCAGUUCGACUUCCGUGCGGAAAUCAUGGCCUACUGCUCGAAUGACGUCACCGUGCUCCGGCGUUGUGCCCUGAAGUUCGUUGAUGAUUUUGUCGCUCUGACUAAUCUAAACCCGCUGGAUAGUAUCACCAUGUCAUCUGCCUGCAACCGUUACUACCGUACCUUUCAUUUGGAACCUGAGAAACUAGCUGUAUUGUCCUCCCAUGGACCUCACCGGAACCGACGUACCAGUGUUCAAGCAACUCAGUGGUUAGAAAUGUUGAACCGUGACUUGGGUGGGCGUAUUCAGCAUGGUCGGAAUGGCAAGGAAGUGCACAUUGGCCCGUAUUACGUGGACGGCUAUGAUGCCGCAACUCGUACAGUGUACGAAUAUAACGGUUGUGUAUUCCACGGACAUCCCGAAUGUACCGAAGAAGAAGAUCGAUCCCCUUUCUCUCGUAAAAAGAUGAGUGAAGUGUACGAGGAAUACUUGGACCGUGUACGCUACCUGGAAGAUGAGAAGUAUACAGUAGUUACCAAGUGGGAGUGUGAAUGGAAAAGGGAGCGAAAGGAUACGGACAUCGCUACUUUCUUGUCUGGCCAAAACCUCCGCGAGCCCCUGAAUCCCCGGGACGCCUUUAAAGGUGGUCGUACUAAUGCCAGUCGCUUAUACUACGCAGUGAAGCCGGGGGAAAUGAUUAUGCACUUCGACGUUGUCAGCUUAUACCCUUUCGUCAACAAGACCAAGACGUACCCUAUCGGCCACCCAACAAUUAUAUUGUCGGAUUUCAAGGACGUGAAAGAGUAUUAUGGCUUGGUGUCGUGCAAGAUACUACCACCACCGCAGUGUUUGUACCCUGUUCUUCCUGCUACUAUCAACAAGAAGUUGGUAUUUGCGCUUUGCCGUACGUGUGCGGACACUAAGUACAACGACUAUUGCCGGCAUAGCGACGCUGACCGCUGCAUCGAAGGUGUGUGGACCACCCCGGAGCUCCACCACGCUAUCGACCGGGGAUACACCGUGCAGGAAGUGUACGAGGUAUGGCACUGGGACACCUUGGAAGCCGGCGUUUAUGCUGCGUACAUCAACAAGUUUCUGAAAAUCAAGAUGGAGGCCAGCGGGUGGCCUAGCUGGUGUAAAACUAACCAACAGAAAGAUGACUUUAUCCGCCAAGUCAAAGAACGUGAGGGAUCGACCUUGAUCCGGAAGCCAUGA